CCGGACCGGGUCCUGAACUCCAGCCUGAACCAGAACCAGAACCAGGAUCUGUAACAGAACAGAAUCAGACUGGAGCAGAACUGUGAUGUGACACAAACACAUCAGAGAAACUCGGACGAACAACUGGAACCAAAAUACUGUGAUCGAAGAGAAACUAUGAGCAGCAGGCAGGAUGGAGGAGAACGAGGGCGGGAGUUCUUCCUCAGUGCUCACCGCUGCCCUGAAGUCGACCUGCUGCCGCAUCACAUCACUGAGACACAAAACCCUCCGCCUUGUUCAGUAGUUCCUGCUGUGAUAAACUCUGAGCUCACCUGUACAGGUCAGUCUGAGGCCGAUUACCUGGACGUCUCCUCCUGCCAUCACUCCGAGGAUGAGGAGAAGGAGGAGGAAGAAGAGGAGAGCAUCAGCGACUGGUCGGAGGAGGAUCUCUCUCUCCACUUCUCUCCAUCUGUCAUCCUCCCAUCAGACGACGAAGACUUUGAUUUGGAGAGUGACUUCGAAUGUGUUGAUGUUACCAUGGAGACUCAGGUCAAAGGUCAGCAGGUGGAGGGGUUAAAGAUAAAGAUGGUUCCCAAACGUCAGAUCCAACUGAAGAAGAGAGAUGCCGAGAACAUUGAUACAGACAAACAACAGAUGAUACUGAAGGAUGGACCUGCUGAAGGGGGAGGAGCUAACAGUGAGGUCUCAGCCAAUGAGCUGCUCUGUCCCACUAUCCGACACCGCCCUGAUCUGUUGCUACGCCAACACAGCAUGCCUGCUUCCUUCCAUCCACACUCGACGACCAGCAGUAACGUCGACAGCUACAGUGUCUACAGAGGUCGGGUUGCUGCAGCCGGCCAAGGGUUUCAUAUGGGAGGAAACUCUGCACCAAGACAACGACUCCAAAAGUCCUUCUCUUUGGAUGAAACUAAAACCAAGAUGGCAUCAUGCAUCAUCAAGAGUGUCCUGUCCAAGAAGAUGCAGGUAGAGCAGAGCACCUCCAACUCAGAGAAUCACAACAACUCUACAAACUGCAACACAAAAACCUCUCAUGUGCAGAAUACCGUACAGCAGAACCACAAAGCUCCGGUCCUCCCCAGCCUCCAGCCUGCGGAGCAGGAGGGGGAGAGGGACGGGGGAGGAGGAGGUAAGGCUGCUGGUGUGUUUAAGGCUCCAGUUCAUGUGGUGAGAGACAUGAGGAGUUUAGUUAAAAACACCUACAGCCUCUCGUUCAGGAACAACAGCUCAGCUCCAACAACACAACCUGAGACCAACGACAAGCCAGCAACCUUCAAGGUGAUCGGUCAGGAGGACAGUCCCCCUCCCAGCUACCAGCAGGCUGUAGGGGUUAAAGGUCACCAUCAAACAAAAAUUGCCUCAGUUUACAGCAGCACCUCCAGAGGAUUUGUGGCCAAGGUCGCUGCAUCUCUCAGCCAAUCACAGGACAGGAAAGAGAGCGACAGAUUCAAUCGUCCAAUCACACAGCACAGACGAGGCAGCGAGCCAAUCAUAAGCAGAAACAAAGUGGAUGAUGACACCUGGUCUGCCGUGUUGUUAGACCCACCCACCAAACCACCUGCUAGCAGCAGGCUAUCAGAGCCCAGCCAAUCAGAGAGAGCUGCAGGUGUGAGUCACAGCAAGCCUCCUCCACCCUCCUCCACCCCCAGCCUCGCUCAGGGGACCCAGCUGCCGCUCUCUGCCCAGGGACAGAGCUCCAUCAUGGGUGUAUCCUCUCAGUCCCAGCCCAUCCUCCACUCCUGCUUCCACGCCCUGCCUGCCUUCCCCGCCACCCUGCACCCUCACCUGGGGAGAGUCAGCUACGUCCAGAACCCUCUGAACUUCUCUCAGCUGCAGCUCCAGAGUGUUCCCCCACAAGGUCCCACCCUCCACCUGCUGCAGAGGUCCCAGUCUGAGGACAACAGCAGGCCAACUGGAAACACAUCCUACCAACUGGAGGGAUAUAAAGGUCUCAUCAAGUGCUGCCCCCCUCCCAGCAGCACUGCAGGCAACCAGGAGAGCAACUGCAACCCAGUGACUGUAUCUGCAACACAAGAGCAGCAGCAACAACAACACCUUCAGCAGCAGCAACAGCAGCAGCAGCAGCAGUUUCUGUGUAACGUUCAGGGUUUCCUACCUGCACAGGUAGGUAGCGACUUCCUUGUUGACAUUACUGGUUCUGCUGCAGCACCUGGAGCCCUGUUCAGUGGCCCCGCCCCCUCAUAUCAUAUGAUGUUAGAUCCUAAAAGUGGGCGAUGCUUCUAUGUGGAUACGCCCCCACAGCCACAGAGGAAGAUGCUGCUGGAUCCAGAAACCGGUCAGUACAUCGAGGUCUUCCUACCUGCAGCCAGCUCCGCUCCCAACGCCGGCGUCAUUGCAGUGUGCGGCGCUAAUCCCGCCCCCGCUGUCCUCCCGGUGAUGCAGUUCCAGCCGCCGCUGGCCAUGUCCUCCCUGUAUGCCCCGCCCUGCCUGCCCUUCACCCUGCGCACGCCAUCAGUUAACUACACUCAUACUGCACCAUGAUGACAUCACAUGAAGUCACAUCAGACGAACAAACAAUAAACCAAACCUGAAACAUCCUCCACUUUCAUUCUCAAUGUCUCUAUAAUAAGACUUUUAUCAUAAAAGUCUGCCCUCAGUCAAUCAUAGAAGAAGUUCAUUGAAUCUGCUGAGAGCUCAACUUGUGUAAAAACUGUUGUGACUCCGUAUAUUUAGUCAGUUUGAUCACAGCAGCUUCUAGUGGAUGUUAGAGGAACCGCAGCUCUGACGGUACACCAAGACCCAACACAUCAUCAAAAGAUUUUAACUGCACAAAUGUACAAAAAAACUUUGGAAGGAGGAGGUGCAAGUAAGUAAGUAUGUAAGUAAAAUUAAUAUAUAUGUAUCACCUUGUAUCACCUUAUCAAUAGAAACACAAAUAGAGGUAAAAUAAGUAAUAAGUAGGUGUUGAGCUGCUUUGUCCACACAUCAUUAAUUACAAUCCUUAAAGGCACAACCUCCUUUAGUUUUGAUUCUAAAGUGAGGAACAACCAGCAAAGCCUGAUCAGACCUCAGAGACCUGCUGCUGUGGAUCUGUAAUAAAGCUGUCUGACUAUACAACUCUAAAAGUGAUCACAAUCAUCUUAAAGUGGAUUCUGAACUUGAUGAGGAGCCCAGUGUAAAGAGACCCAGUCAAAAGCUGUACGGCAGCAUUCUGGACCACUAAAUGGUCCCGGUGCAGACUGGAAGUCUUAUUCAAUGCAUCAAAACAAGUUCGGUUCAGUGAUAUUUCACAAAGACUCAUUCUGUCAGGCACAUAUUGAUCCACCCACUCGUAUCAGCUGUAAGAGUAGUAAUGAUAGAUGAUGCUAAUCUGAACCAGAUACACACAGUGAAGGUUUGAUCACAGCCAUUAACAGAUUUAAAUAUCAGUGUACUAAAGUCUGCCUGUUGUCACUUUCUCUUUGUUUACUGAAAUGUUGUUUGCACACUAAGAAAAGAUCCAAUUUUCACAAUGACGACAUGAGUUCACCUUGUUUUUGCUUGUCUUUUGAUUUU